UUCUGACAUUCAGGGGCGCUGUGGGAGAAUCAAGGAGGUGGGGAGGUUGGCCCGCUGGAUGGUUUCUUGUGUGUUUAUGUGUUCUUAUAAAGGCUCUGACAGUAUGUGCUGUUUUGUUUUCUUUCCACUUGUCAUUCAGCUCUUUUGCCUUUGAAACCCUUUUGAAAGCUUCUGUCUGACUUGUAGGUUUCCUCCACCCUGAUUCUGAACCUGGCUGUUGUUGGGAGACAUCGUCGUUAUCUUUGUGUGAAAUCUUGGCAACCUGAUAAAUGAGAGAGAGAGCUUGGAAAUCUUGCCUGCUGACAUCAAGGCUCUGUCUACCUAAAAAUCCUUCCAAGGCCAGAGGGAAAAGAAUAACAUAUCAGGCCAAUUAAAGUUAAUGCAUGGUGACACGCUGUAUCGAGGGCAGGGAUUGCUGCCAUAUGGCGGUCCAGGCUGUAAAUCAGAGAGCAGGGCAAAGGCAGGAGGAUCAGAGUGGGGGAGGCUGGGUAACGGAAAAAAAAAAGGGGUGACACAGCAUCAUGGGUUAAAAACGGCUCUAAAAUUCUCAGAUCUGUCUGAGGCGUCACCAGCUUCUCCCUGCCUCCCCCAUGCCACUCUGCCCCCGCGGCGCUCCGAGGUGCAACGCCCUCAGGUAUCUGUGUAUCACUGGCAGCUUCAUUAAGCCUUGUUUUUCUUCUCUCACUGGGAGGAUUUAAAUGAGCUGUCGUCCUGACCUUUUUGAGCUCCUGCUUUUUAAAGGGAGUUCAGCCCUCCCCGACACUCCGAACCCACCACCCGUCCGUCUGUCUUUCCACCUUUCUCUCCCACUUUGUCACUCUUUCCUGCUCUUGUCUUUUCUCCCCGCAGGGGGUGAGAUACUUUUAAGCUGUCACCCCGCGGCAGGCAGGCAUGCCAAGGUUGUUUUGUGGGUAAUUGCCUCUCUCAUAGAAGCWGUUUGUCUGCGCACACUUGCCGCCCUCCUCUGAUGCGGCGCAGCAAACGGGGGAGGGCACGGACUCUGUAGACUUAAUUUGCUCCCUGACUGUUGUUCGGUGCUGAUUAAGCAAGCAUCUGUGGUGUUUUGAUUACAGUAGCAGGCCAAGUGAAGCGUGACUAACUACACUCUCUUACACCAAGUUAGUACACAAAGUGGACAACAUUUAUAGGAGCCACAGCAGAGUUCAUUAAUUACUUCUCUCCGCGUCCUCAUCUGGCUCCAGAGUUUAACGUAGCUCAGAGGACAGCUGUCUUAAUGUGAGACUGAGUCUGCACUCAGAGAGGUACUUUUAGGAGUUCAAACGCUGAGUCAGCAUUCACACUAUUGCUUUCCUGUUUGACUUUUCCAUACAUCUGCCUACUUCUGCAUACUUUGUAUUUUAGCCAAUCAUUUGUCAAAACUUUCUGUUCAUUCAGGAGAUGAGUGCUGCAAUUUUUAAUGGUUACAAUUUUUAUUUUUCACAUUAUUUUAACGUUUUAAUUCUGUAUUUUACUUCAAGUAAAGAGACUGAGACCUCUUCAGUGUUUUAGACAUUUGAGACAUUCUUUUAAAUCUGCUUUAGCAUACUUUUUAUGUUUUGCUACUUUUAACUAGCAUUUUGUUUCAUUUCACUUUUUACUGUUUUGCUUUUUCUUGCUUUAAUUUUGUUUUAGAACAGUUUCGGCUUCUUCGGCUGUUGUUCGGCUCUCAGCGUUUGCUGCUUUUUCCCAGAACACAAGUUGCUGCAGCUUCCUGUGCUGUGGUCUGAUGGAGGAGAGGAGGUGAAGUGCACGCAGUGGGGUCCAACUUGGGGGCUACCAUGUGCGGGGCGAGUUGGAGGAGGAGGUGGACCGGCUGACUCAAAUUUAAACUGCCAGACCCUCGGGCCCAGUCUGCUGGUUUUACUUCAGCUGUUUGAUGUUUAAUUGAGGUUGUUAUUGGCUUCAAAUGUCACCUUACCUGAUGCUCCAGUGUGAGGAGAAGUGUGUGUCCCAUGUUGCAUUAGUGUCUGUGUGAAAUGCUGGCCUGUCUGCCAGGGCCAGGUGACCUCCCCCUCCAGCUUCUCCCCCACACGCAGAUGAACACUGGACUUCAGAAAUGGGACACCAUACAAAGGAUGAGAUCUGCUCCGUUUCCAACCCCUGCAGAAUUGGAUGCGUAUGCUAAGAAGGUAGCCAACAACCCCCUCACCAUCAAGAUCUUUCCCAACAGCGUCAAGGUCCCCCAGCGAAACCACGUGCGCCGAACGGUCAACGGGCUGGAUACRUCAGGCCAGCGCUACAGUCCUUACCCGUCCUCUCAGGCCAGUGCCAAGACAGGACUCCUCGCCAUCGUCAAGGUGCCCACAGUCAAAGGCAUCCUCAAAGAUUUUGAUGGUAGCCGGGCUCACUUGCACUCUGAAGUCAUUAUGAACCCUCCUACCGGACCCUAUCAAGUGGCUUCAACCAGCACUUUAAACCACCACCCAUCUCUGCCCAGCCUGCCCCGGCCCCCGCAGAGCAUCCCCCUUCAACCACAGGACCUGCCUCAGACUUUACAUCUGCCCCUCCCUCAGCAGCAGAGCCUCAGACACCCGCCCACUUUGGCCCAGCAUCCUCAGGCCCCACCCAGAUUCCAGACUUUGUCUCAGCACCCAGGUCUCAGCCACCCGCAGGGACCCCCCACUGUCCUGCUUCAGCAGCAGCACCUCCAGCAGCAGCMGCCGCCGCUCGGCCUGCAGGAUGGCAGGAAGCUGCCGGAUGGCGAAGCUCCGCCCAACGUUACCGUCUCUACCUCAACCAUUCCGCUCUCCAUGGCCACCGGGCUGCACCCGGGCCGGCAGCCCGACCUGAGCACCAUCGUGCAUCAGCUCAACCAGUUCUGCCAAGCUCGGGUCCAAGGCACGGGUGCCGCCUCCAUGUGCGAGGGCCAGAUCGCCAACCCCAGCCCCAUCAGCCGCAACCUGCUCAUCAGCGCGUGCUCCAGGGUGUCCAUGCACAGUAACCCUCCCACUCCCGGCUUCCCGCCRCGCCACUGCAUCAUGGGCCCUCAAGAAAAAGCCACAGCCUCGAUUGGGGCCCACCCCUCACUCAGUWCGGCUGCUGUGAACCACUUGCCUUCUAACCACACGGAUCCGAAGCAGCAACACCUGCAACAGCAUCUUCCUCCACAACCGAAUCAGCAGCUGCAGCACAGCACGCAGCAGCAGCAGAAAAUGCGCUCCUGGAGUCACCAUCAGCUGGUUCACGGCCCCCACAUUCAGAACGGUGGGACACAUCUCUGCAAGCAGCCUUCCAGAGACCCAUCCUUCAGUUUCAAAGGCAUGGGCUACCCUGCAGAGGUGUGUUUGGGUCAGCAAUACUCGUUGAAACCUCCUGUGGAGAGGCCCACCCCGUCYCCUCCUGUCAACAACAGCAUGCCCGGUCCCAUGGCCCACUACGCCAACGGCCACUACUUUCAGACCCACAUAUGGAGCAGCAGCAUCCUUCCCACCCCCAACAGUGACAGCUCUGGGUCUCAGGACGUAGCCAUGUCAUUCCAUGGGGCAGGCCCAGGAGGGUGCACCACGCUGGACUGUGGGCUCCCCGGGGCUCCUCACUACAGGCUCGGAACAAGCUCCUCCUCCUCGUCCUCUUGUGGCCAAACUAAUCUGAUGCAAACGGUGGAUUACAUGGGUGGGGACUUCCAGACGCCCUACUUCCGUGAUCAGAAUCUCGGGUUGAUGGCUAAGAUGCACAGGCCUCCUCUGAGCAGGGUAGGUCCAGAGGUCGGAGACGGCAGAACCGCUCUCAUCCAGCACCCAGGGUACAGAUAAGCUAUGGCCUUGUCUACACAACUGUUAUCAUCACCCUUUGUUUAGUCUUAAAAUAAGGAAACUCCAUGGAUAACCUAAAGGACAUCAAGUAUUAAGGAGGCUAAAAUAAUAUAUUAAAAGCAGAGGAGUAGUUUGUUUUUGGUUUGUUUCAUCUUGCAAGUGAUCAAUUACAACGAUUGGUUUUGCAGAUGAGUGCAAAGCCUGUGUGUGUGUGUGUGUGUGUGUGUGUGUGUGUGUGUGUGUGUGUGUGUGUGUGUGUGUGUGUGUGU